AUGAUUCCGCACCCAAGAAAGCCGCCGAGACGUAGAGACCACCGCGUCAUCCUACAGUUCGACUACGAUUGUUUCUACGCCCAAGUGUUUGAGAACAAGAACCCGGCCCUACGGUCCCGUCCCCUCGGAGUCAAGCAAAAGAACAUCUUGGCGACAUGCAACUACAAUGCGCGGAAUCUCGGCGUGGGCAAGCUCAUGCUCAUAUCCGAGGCAAAGCGCAUAUGCCCGGGUCUCGUCCUGGUAGAUGGCGAGGACUUGACCCCGUUUCGAGAUACAAGCAAGACUCUGUUCAACUUCCUUCGUUCUCAUUCCUGGACCGGGAAGGUGGAGCGACUCGGCUUCGAUGAGGUAUUCAUGGGUAGGCGCCGCAACUACCCUGACCACGAUCGCGUGAAGCUUACGAGCCCAGACGUCACUGACUUGGUCGACUACAAUAUCCUCUGCUUGAAUAGAAACUCUCUGAGCGAAUCGUUCUUUCACCUGUCUGAGCAAGACCCGGAACAGGGCUUCCCGUGCGACCUGAAUGCGAUUGCUGGCUGCGUUGCCGGAUCAGAUACCGCCCACGCAAGUUUAGACGACCACACAUAUUUACGUCUACUUCUUGGGUCCCAUUUGGCACACUACUUGAGAAGCAAGCUCGAGACCGACUUUGGGUACACGUCAACGUGCGGCAUCUCAACCAACAAGCUGCUAAGCAAGCUUGUCGGCAGCUGCAACAAGCCUCGAAACCAGACCACGCUGUUAGCUUGGAAAGAUGACGAUGUGGUGGAGUUUAUGGAUGCGCACAAGACGAGAAAGGUCCCGGGGCUCGGGUUCAAAACAGCCAUGCUGUUGGAGUCACAUGUCCUUGGCGAGGACAUCGACGCCGAUUCGCACUCAUUCAACUCGCUUGUCACCGUUGGCCAGGUGCGGCAGCAUCCCUCCAUGUCGCCAGCCUUCCUAGAGACUCUUCUCAAGGGCCCUGGCUCAGAGAGGGGAGUGGGCGCCAGAGUCUGGGGCCUGCUCCAUGGAGUGGAUGAGACAGAGGUCAAGGAAGCGAGCGACAUUCCUUCUCAGAUCAGUAUCGAAGACACGUACAAGGGCCUCGAGACCAUCCCUCACAUCACCGAAGAGCUGCACAAGCUCUCGUGCUCCCUGAUACGAAGACUGAGGGUUGACCUGCUUACCGCUGACCCGAACGCCGAAAUCCCUGGUUCCCGCAAAUGGAUUGCGCGACCCAAGACGCUGCGGCUCUCCAUCAGAUCGUGGCCGACACGCCAAGGGCCACAUGCCACUCAAGCAAUGAACUUUAGCAGAGUAUCUCGCUCUGGUCCCCUCCCUCCCUUUGUGUUUGACCUUGAGACCGACAUAGACUGUCUUGCGCAGCGCCUGGUGGCCGAGGCACUUCUCCCACUUCUUCGGCGCCUGCAAGUCGAACAAGGGCAUAACCAAAAAUGGAACCUUCAACUGUUGAAUAUUUGUGCGGCCAACAUGGUUGCUGGGGCGGCAGACGACAAAUUGGGGGCAGGGAGGGACAUUGGCGUCAUGUUCAAGCACCAGGACGAGGUGUUGCGUCCGUGGAAGGUAACGCAGCCUACCGAUGAGCCGUCUGGCGGUGCCGUGGAAGACAGCACGAAGCAAGUGCCAUUCGGCGAUGACGACGAUGAAGGCGAUGUAGCUUGGGAUGUCAUGGGUCGAGGAGGUCGUGGUGGCGGCCAUGCCCCCUUUCGUCGGCCCGUCGACUUGACCGGUGUCAUUUCUGUUGCUGAGAGAAACGACUUGGUCACUCUGGUCAGUGCCAUCACGGAGAAGAUGCACAACGACAUCAGCAGCAUUUUCGACGCUCCCAGCGUGAGCAGCGUCCGCGAUAACGGCGAACACGAUCCCACCUGGCCGUCCCUUGCGGCCUCUCGUCGACAUGAAGGCAAUGAAACGGACAGUCAAGGAGCUGUUGCACAGUCCUCUGCCGUUUCUAGCAGCGACGGAUCCAAGACGUAUAACAAAGUGCAUCCGAUUGUUGAAAAGGAGGAGCGAGAUGCGAUGACACCCCAGCUUGGCGAGCUCAGAAAGGAGGCUCUUUUGUUCUUUCGCAAGUGGCAGAACGUCGUCAUUCAGAGAGUCCGCGAGAUUGCCGUCAUCGAGCCCACCGCCCCCAUGCCCGCCGGUGGCGCUCGCGGCCGGGGUGGCCGUGGUUCCCGAGGUGGUGGCCGUGCCCGCGGUGCACGAGGUGGUGCUGGUCCGGGUCGUGGAGGUCUGACCCUGGCAUUUGGCCCGCCGCGUGUCCCCGUGAACCAGAUGGACCGCGAACUGUGCGGAAUGUUCCCACCGAUUCCGAACACUCUCUGGCUUCUUCAUGUGGAAAAGCGAAAGCUUCUUCUGCAUGUCGUACUCCUGCUCGUCCUGUCGCUUCAGGACUAUAAUGCCAACGCACGAGUCUUUCUUCUCAACCUCACGUCGGCUCUCAACCUUACCUUGGCCAUCUAUCAUGGCGAAGAGCUUCGAAUCUCCCGGGCCUUGGCAAAACUCGCCCUCGAAUAUGCUCCACGAGACGAAGCUGGCCAGAAGGCCGAAGAACAGAAAGGACCCAAGCGGUGGAAGGUUGGGUUUAGUUCUCCCAACCCCACUUCCACUAUUGCUUCCGCGCUCAAAGCAGCGGGCAUCGGAACCAUCAACGAUGGAAUGGUGCUGAGCGUCGCAACUGUCGCCGGUCUGCUGGGGCCUUUGGGAGACUACGGGCACUUACUCGGUAACAUAUUCGGCAUCAACGCUGUUCGGCCCACUAGCAAGCUGCUGGAGGCCUGUUGCAAAGACGUUUUCGACUUUGCUUUCCUCCGCGUGCGCGACCCUACCCACUCGGAAUAUCGAGACAUGAAGGAAACCCCGGCAGAUGAUCGCCGCCUCCGUUUGGUCUUGGCCAUGAGCGGCUGUUUUUCAGAUGUCGAAGACGUUGUUAGACCCUGGCGAUUUCUUGGCGAUCAAACAGAGAGCUACGCGGUGAGAUGGGAUGUGGCGUCCAUCACAACCCUCGGAAGCGCGGUCGAGACAGUCAUCAGGAGCACAGCUUGGGCAAAUGCAACCAAGGAGAUCAGAUCGCGAUCCCUCUUUGCCAGUCUCCUGGACAAUUCGUGGCCGGACGCUCUUCUCAAAGUGAGCAAGAUCAUUGACAACCCAUGGAACUGGGGAAUGGUCCGGGCCGAGAAGGUGGGCGCUUUGCUCGCGGACGCUCUUGUGCGGCACAAGUUCCAAGGGGAGCGAGCGGUCUCCCUCAUAGGAUUCAGCCUUGCAGCACGAGCGAUCUACACCUGCCUCAUGGUGCUGGCCGAACGUCGCCAAUUCGGCUUGAUUGACUCGGUCGUUCUCAUCGGAACUCCAGCGCCGUCCGAAAGCCGGGUUUGGCUGACGCUGAAGAGCGUUGUGUCUGGCAGACUGGUCAAUGUCUACUCAGAGCACGACUACAUGCUGGGGUUCCUCUAUCGCACCUCGAAUGUUCACUUUGGAGUCGCUGGCCUGCAGGAGAUCAAGGGCGCCAACGGCGUCGAAAAUCACUGCGUCAAGUACCUGCCUCGAGGACACUUGGGCUAUCAGGUCCUCACUGGUCAGAUUCUGAAGGACAUUGGCUGGGACUCUCUGGAUGCGGAUGCCCUCAAGGCCGACAUGGCCCAGCGCCGGGGUUCAGGCCGCGGCCGAGGCAGGGGCAGAGGAGGCCGAGCCUAA